CAGAACCAGCUGGCUGCCUGCACGCGGGCCCUGGAGAGCUCUGAGGAGCUUCUGGAAACAGCCAACCAGACCCUGCAGGCCACGGACAGCGAGGACUUUCCUCAGGCUGCCAAGCAAAUCAAAGACGGCGUGACCAUGGCCCCAGCCUUCCGGCUGUCGUUGAAAGCCAAGGUCAGCGACAACAUGAGUCACCUCAUGGUGGACUUUGCACAGGAGCGGCAGAUGCUACAGGCGCUCAAGUUCCUGCCGGUGCCCGGCGCCCCCGUGAUCGACCUGGCCGAGUCCCGGGUGGCGGACAACUGCGUGGCCCUGGUGUGGCGCAUGCCGGACGAGGACCGCAAGAUCGACCACUACGUGCUGGAGUACCGGCGGACCAACUUCGAGGGCCCGCCCCGCCUCAAGGAGGACCAGCCCUGGAUGGUCAUCGAGGGCAUUCGGCAGACCGAGUACACGCUGACCGGUCUCAAGUUUGACAUGAAAUACAUGAACUUCCGGGUGAGGGCUUGUAACAAGGCAGUGGCGGGCGAGUUCUCCGAGCCGGUGACCCUGGAGACACCAGCGUUCAUGUUCCGCCUGGACGCGUCCACAUCCCACCAGAACCUGCGGGUGGACGAUCUCUCCGUGGAGUGGGACGCCAUGGGCGGGAAGGUGCAGGAUAUCAAGGCCCGCGAGAAAGAUGGCAAGGGACGGACGGCGUCUCCCGUCAACUCCCCAGCCAGAGGUAUCCCAUCGCCCAAGCGGAUGCCCUCAGGCCGUGGGGGCCGCGACCGCUUCACCGCUGAGUCUUACACGGUGUUGGGAUGACCGGCCGACUCGAGGAGGACACUGCUUGGACAAAGGUGGGACGCGUCACACUGGACUGUC